GCCUCGGGCUCCGCCCACAGCGCGCGGGGGGCGGGGCGUCGCGAAGAUCAGCUGACCCCGGCAGGCUACGGACCUUGAAGCAGAGCACCGCUGUGGAUCCUCAUCUGAACGGACCUUUGCCAGCCUCCGAACUGUCUCCAUACACCUGCACCUUCUCCCCUGCUGGGACCCUCCCUCUGCAGCCAUGGUCUGGAGGAUGCUGGGCGCAAGCAACUUUUCCAUGUGUCCCAAUGGCUCCAUCCAGUGGAUCUGGGAUGUGUUUGGUGAAUGUGCUCAGGAUGGCUGGGAUGAGGCCAGCGUGGGCCUGGGCUUGGUCUCCAUUCUCUGCUUUGCCGCAUCUACCUUCCCCCAAUACAUCAAGGCCUGCAAGACGGGAAACAUGGACCAGGCCCUAUCGCUGUGGUUCCUUCUAGGCUGGAUCGGUGGAGAUUCCUGCAACCUUAUUGGCUCCUUCCUUGCAGAUCAGCUACCCCUGCAGACCUACACAGCUGUGUACUAUGUCUUGGCCGACCUCCUGAUGCUGACCCUGUACUUCCAUUACAAGUUCAAGAAUCGGUCUUCUCCAUUGUCUGCCCCUAUCAACUCUGUGCUCUUGUUCCUCUUGGGGACCGUCUGUAUCACACCACUGUUACGCAUCGCUGAUCCUGUAGCUGUCUCCAGGGAAGGCUUCCGGGGACGGACACUCUUGUCUGUGGAUCCAGGCAAUAAGCCCUUUACAAAGAAGGAGGUCAUCGGCUUUGUCAUCGGCUCCAUCUCCAGCGUGCUGUACCUGCUCUCAAGGCUGCCUCAGAUCCGUACCAAUUUCCUACGGCAGUCAACCCAAGGCAUUUCCUACUCACUGUUUGCGUUGGUGAUGCUGGGGAACACGUUGUACGGACUGAGCGUGCUGCUCAAGAACCCUGAGGUGGGCCAGAGCGAGGGCAGCUACCUGCUGCACCACCUGCCCUGGCUCGUGGGCAGCCUGGGCGUGCUGCUGCUUGACUCCAUUAUCUCCAUCCAGUUCCUGGUGUACAGGCGCCACACCACUGCUGCUGCCUCGGAGAGAGAGCCCCUCCUCCCAAGCUGACCUGUGCCCUGGAUGACGGGAACCUCAGCUGCCAUCCCAGAGAGGGCAAGGCAUGGGCCUUGAUCCUGCCUCCACCGCUGGACUGGGCCUAGGAUGUGGCCUGAGGGAGGCCUGGAACCCCUUCAUGCCUGGCCUUCAGACAGAUCUGGAGUUGGAUCAUGCUAUGCCGGGACAUACCUCUCAGGUGUAAGACAGCUGCCCGAGGAGCCUACAGGGACCAAAAGCUGAGACCUCAGAAGAUGGUGUGGCCACCUCCCAUCCACCUACCUCAAUCUGCCUGUGUACCCCAGGCUACAUCAGCCAGGGGACUCAGGGUUGUUCCUCUGACUGGACACAACCUAGUAAAUGAUACUUUCCAGCUGGGCCUGUUUCUGCUGCUCCUUCCCACGGUGCUCGGGGUCUGGGCAGGGACCCAGGGUAAGUCCAGAGUGGUGGGGGAAUCGUGUCCAGCAUCCAUGGACUCUUGACUUUCUAACUUUCAUCUCUCUGUCCUCUUGUAGACAGGCCCUACCCUGGUGGUGGGACAUGGCAGCAAAUAGGGACAUAUCAGUGGGUCCCCUGCUCCUGAGGCUCUGGAAGAGGCAGAUAACUAGGUGGGGUUUGGUCAGACAUCCCCAGAGGCUUGGCAUGACCAUGCUACUGCUUCCUGCAUCCUCUCUAGGGUUGUAUGAGGUUAGGUGGACAGCCCAAAGAGAGGCCUGUGGUCAGGUGUCUUCUUGUACAGUCAGAACUCAGUGAAGGUCACCUUGGAGGUAGAGAGGAGGGACAGACUGGUGCCCUCCUGAAGAAGAUGGUGACUAGAAGCAUGGGUAGAGGACGGUAGGAGACGGGGCACAGGGUGGUGACGCCAGAAAGGAAGGGAUAAAGAUUGAUUCCCGCUCACUGUUCCAACUUCCUGUAGGCCACCGCCUUCUGGUGACUUGGGGGCAGAGAACCAGCUACCUUCCCUGUUAGCCCUAGCUCAUUCACAUACAUUAUUUUAGGUCCAGAAGAGGCCACCUGACAGGGACAGACGGAGGGCAGCCACCUCCGAGUGCUCUUUGAGCUGCUCUGCCCGCAGCUGCAGAGAGAGGGUCCUGACACAGACCCAGGCAAGGCAUGCGGUGCUCCCAGCCCACUGCUGGCGUCAGGUGAUCUUUGCAGCUAGAUAUCUAGCCCCAUCCCAUCUUAGGACCUGGCUCUCUGUCACUUUCCUAGGGUUGGAUGGCACCUUUCCAAGCCUGAAGGUCUGGGACCUCAGUGUGACACAUGACCCCAAGUACAGGCCUGAACUGUAGCUAUGUGGGCAGGAGAAAAUGAAAUGACAGCCCUGCCCCCUGAGAAGCCCUCAUCCCUCUCUCCAGCAGGGGUGACAUCCCUUCACGGGGGGGAGAUGUGUUUUGCCUGUGGGGAAUGCCUGUCUGACAGAGGAGGUGUGGUCUCUACUCAGGGACAGUCAGGCUGCAGCUUACCUAGCCCUGAUCUGUCCAGUAAGGGCCGCAGAAGGGGGCUUUGCAGAGCCUGGCAAGUGGUUCAUGGACUUCAGGGUCUCAUGCCUGCCUCAGCCAGUGGUGAGCCUUGUGACUUGGGCCAACUCGCUAAGCCUGGCGUCCUCUCCCACAACACUAAAAACCGUGUUACUGACCUUAGAAGCCGUUUGUGCUGACUGCAUGAGAUGCACUUUUGGGUUUAUGUCCUGGUGUCUGUCAGUCACAUGGGUGAAGAAAUGGUAACCACGAUAGUGUGUUUAGGCAGCUUACUUCCCCUCAGGCGCCUGUGAGACAGCCAGUUUGACUAGCAGGACCUGCUGUGGUGACAGCCCCAGAUGCCUGCCUUUUCUUCUUGCUGCUUGUCACAGGUCAAGAAGUGGCGGGAGGCUUAUCUUCAUGUGUGGCCUGGAGGUACCCUCAGGCCUCAUGUGUGGGCAUUUGGUUCCAGUCCAGGCUCAGUCACAGAAAUGGAAAUAUACCUGCCAGGAUGGUCUCCCUCAAGCUACUCAAAGGGAGGGGAGGCUGGACCAUGUGCCUGCAAGGACUCCUCCUAUAGUGUCAGAUAGUAAGGGUGUGUGUGUGUGUGUGUGUGUGUGUGUGUGUGUGUGUGUGUGUGUGUGUGUGUGUGUGUAUUUAUUUUGGUUUUUCGAGACAGGGUUUCUCUGUAUUGUUUUGGAGGUUGUCCUGGAACUCACUCUGUAGACCAAGCUGGCCUCGAAUUUACAGAGAUCCUCUUGCCUCUGCCUGCGGGGUGAUAAAAUUAAAGGUGUGCACCACCACAGCCUGUCAAAUUGCAAUAUUCUGUAAUGGAGUGUCUGAUCACCCAAGGAAGUCCUUUUCCCAAGGUCAGGCAUUUAGACAAGUCCCCAUUUCCUCAGGGGCUCGAAAGUUCCUGCUUGCUAAAAAGGGAGACAAAUAUCUCUGGCAAGAGGAACUUGUGGCCCUUCCAUUAACAUAUGACUGGUGUCUACUGUCAAGAUCAAAGCUAGCUUCCUCAACCCAAUAGCAAGCCAUACCCCAGCUCAUAGGCCUCGUUCUCUCAUGUACUCCUGCGUGCAACUAUAGAGUUUAAAAGGUGUAUUCUUUUUUUCAAUAAACUCUCACACAUCA